UACAUUUCUUUCUCGAUAGAAAGGAGCCUUCAACGGCGACAAACCCUAAAAUCCCCGACUCCUCCAUUUUCUUCGUUUCUUCUUCUUUCUCUGUGAUAAUCGAGUUCGCCCAUCUCCGAAUUGACUUCAUGCGUAUUUGUAAGUGAUUUAUUGUGGUUGAUUCUCUGUGAUAUGUAUUUUAGGUUAAAAAAUUGGAAAAAAAUUAUCAAUAGACGAAACUAAAGUAUUGUGCUAGUUUGUGGUAUGAAAUUGGGAGAGACAUGGUGAAAUUGUGCGAUUUAUGUUAUGAAUAUGUUAUGAUAGAAACUAUUUUGGGGAUUGAUUUUAGACUCCUAUUUUAGAUGAAAUUGUGCGAUUUUCAUAUGUUUUUUUUACUGAAUAAGUUGAAUUGGUAAGAUGCUUGUUAAACCCGAGACUAUAAAUUAGGGAUAAAAUAUAUAUGAAUCGGAUAUGUUUGGUUUUAAUGGGAGUUAAUUGAUGUUGUGUUGUUGUUUGCGGUUUGCAUUUAGAGUGAUUUAGUGUUGUAAUGUCUUGUACAGGAAAGUUAUGAAGGGAAAUAAAAAGGUGGCAAAGAAUAAGGGAGUCCCCAAUGAAAGGCGUCGUCUAUCUCUUAGGCCGAGAACGACCCCAAUUACAAAAACAUCAGUAAUUCCUGAGGGGAGUAAGAAGAGUAAGAAUAGUAAGAAGAGUACGCAAGAGAGAGAACCGAGUCACAUAUCGCUCUCAGUCACAGAUGAGUCCGAAAGGGAGGGGUCUGAAAGUGAGGUAUAUAUUUUGUAUUCAUUGUAACUGUUAGUGAAAAAUGCUGACUUGUAAUUAGUAGUACUGCUAGACUUCUUGUAUUACUAGCAUUACUAGACUUCUUGUAUUACUAGCAUUACUAGCAUUACUAACAUUACUAGCAUUACUAACAUGUAUAUAUGUAUUUUCAGAGGAGUAAGAAGAGUACGCCAGAGAGAGAACCGAGUUACCAAUCGCGCUCAAUCUCAGAUGAAUCCGAAAGGGAGGGGUCCGAAAGUGAGGUAUAUAUUUUGUAUCAUUGUUACUGUUAGUGAGAAAUGAUGACUUGUAAUUAGUAGUACUAAUAGACUUCUUGUAUUACUAGCAUUACUAAGUACUAGCAUUACUAAGACUUCUUGUAUGUAUUUUCAUUGCAGGAGGAAAUGCAACCACCGCAACCCCUUGAGUUAUACUUCAAAAGCAGGGAGUUCACGAAGAUUUGCAAGAUACAAACCAAGUGCUAUGUGAGCGCAACAGUAAAAGUCAUCAAGGAGACGCUUAAGAAGGAUCAGGCCGAAUGGUUCACGAGCCAUUCCCAGUUUCGACAUUUCUUUCACAUGCCAGAGGAACCAAACCUGAAGCUCCAAGGGAUGUGGAUGUUACUCCUGCACACCAUUUGUACUCCAGAAGAUGAUGUUGCAUGGUUUGCGGUUAAUGGUGUACCCAUCUGCUAUUCUAUGAGGGAGCACGCCCUCAUCUCUGGCUUAGACUGCACUGAGUAUCCGAGAAAAUAUAAGAAGAUCGGGGGUCAUGAGUUCGUGAAUUACUACUUCCAUGACAUAGAGAAGAUCACCAUCACUGAUGUGAAGCAGAAGCUGUUGUCUAUGCCGGAUUGUCCAGAUAAAUUGAAGAUGGCUGUCUUAUUUUUCCUUGGUACUGUUAUCAGAGGAAAGCCAAGGUAUGAGGGAAAUUUAGACUCCUUCAUAUUGAGGAUGGUGGAUGAUUUGGAUGCUUGCAAAACAUUUCCCUGGGGUCGUCUAACAUUUGAAGAUUCAAUAAGGGAGAUUAAGCAUGUGAUGAACCAAUUAAAGGGAGAAGUGACAAAAGAUGCAGUCUCCUUUCCUGGUUUCAUAGUCCCCUUAGAGGUAAGCAUAUAAUUUAGUAAAAGUUUUAGUUGUUAAAUAAUUGAAAAUCUGACAUGUAUGUGACACUGGAUUCUAUAGGUUCUGGCUUUUGAGUGUAUUCCUGCUCUGGGGAAAGAGUUUAGAAUCUAUCAAAAGAAUCCUUGUGCGGACUGUCCAAGGAUGUGCAAGAGCCGGUUUACAAAGACCAGUAUGAGGGGCUAUCCUUUGGAAGACAUAUACCGAGCGCUUGGAGACACAAAGACUAUUCACAGUGUGUUGGAACCAAAUAUUGGUGAGGAAAUGUUGUUGGCUCGUAUCAUUGACUUGGAACGAGAGUAUGACCGUCAGGGCAGCCCAAGCGAGACUUGGAACCACUGGUUAACUGUGAAGCAGAAGAGUAUUUGGUGGGAAGAGCUGUAUGAUUUAGAUCAAGCUGCACGAGUGUUUACAAAAAAGAAGGACGAAGAAAAGGUGACGUUUGCAGAAGCAUCAUCCUCUGAUUCGAGCUUGCAAGGUCUGGAAAAUAGGCUUUUGGAUUUCAUGGGAGAAGCAUUUGUUGGACUUAACUUUACGGUGGAGACAAAGCUGGAGGCUGUUGAUUUGAGGCUGGGUGGAAUUGAAAAGAACCAGCGGCUGUUGAGAUGCAGGGCUAAAAAAAUAGAAAAAAGGCUAACAUCUAUCGAGAAUAAGGUGAGUGAGAAGCCGAAUCGUGGUGAAGACAUGGAUUUUGGACAGUGCGAUAGUACGGAUUUUGGACAGUGGGAUGUGAAGGAAAAAGAUGAUGCUGAGGAAGAAGAGAAGGAGAAGAGUGACAAAGAGAAGGAGAAGAGUGGAGAGGUUGAUAAAGAUAAGGAAAACAGCGAGACUGAUGAGGAAAAUGAUAGUGAGCGAGAGUUGAACGAACUGAAGGAGAGAUGUAGAGUACAGGCUGAUCAACUAUGGAGGGAAGUAGAGGCAGCUGAGGCUGAAGAGGAUCAAGCAAAUGACGAAAGGAAAGAGGCUGCAACCAAUGAGGAAAACAUUGAGAAUAGUGAGGAUGAUGAGAAAGUGGAGGCAUCUGAGUCUCCAAACAGUGAGCCUCGUUUUGAGUCUCCGAUCAAUGAGCCUCGUUUUGAGUCUCCGAUCAAUGAGCCUCGGGUUGAAGCAGAUAAAACUCCAACACCACCAUCUGGUGGUAGGACUAAGGCAAUGGCUGCGAGGAGAGUAGUUCAUUCACCACCAAAUAUGUGGCCAGUAGUGGUGGAAGCCAAGGAAAAAGCUAUUGAGAAAGCUGUGGAGUUAGAGAAAAAAACUAGUGAGGAAGUUGUGGAGGCAGAGGAAAAAACUAGUGAGAAAGCUGUGGAGGCAGAGGAAAAAACUAGUGAGACAGUUGUGGAGGCAGAGGAAAAAACUAGUGAGAAAGCUGUGGAGGCAGAGGAAAAAACUAGUGAGAAAGUUGUGGAGAGGAUGGAUGGGACCAAGGAAGCUACGAGGCCUAGGAUCAGGCAUAGAUGCAAGGAGAAGACAAUGACGUCUGGCAAACCGACUCCUAAGAGGAGGGGCAGACCAAGGAGGAGUAUUGCUGAUGCUGCACCAAAGAAGAGUGAUUGCACACCACAUGCAUCUAAGGGAAGAGGGAAGAGGAAGUGUGAACCAUCACAGUGGGUGCAGACUCCUUUCACGAGGGGGAAGAAGCCUAAAACAAAGGCUUAGCCUAGGAGAAGCCUUAUGUAUUUAAGAUGUUAAUUUAAGUAUUUU